GCCACUUAAAAGUUGCAGCCCUAAGGUUGCAACAGCAGAGAAAAAUCGUUAUACCCGGAAGUGUCAAGAUGGCCCCAAGUGGACUGAAAGCCGUUGUCAAUGAGAAGAUUAUUAACGGUGUGAUCAAGAGUGUGAAGAAGGAUGGGGAGUGGAAGGUGCUUAUUGUGGACCAUGUCAGUAUGCGGAUCCUCUCGUCCUGCUGCAAGAUGUCUGACAUCAUGGCCGAAGGAAUCACCAUUGUUGAGGACAUUAACAAACGCAGAGAGCCUAUCCCGAGCCUCGAGGCCAUCUAUCUGAUUUCCCCUGUCAAGAAGUCCAUCCAGAACCUGGUGAAUGACUUCAAGGACGCUGCCUUCACGUACAAAGCAGCCCACAUCUUUUUCACCGACACUUGUCCCAAUGAUCUGUUUACUGAACUUGGGAAGUCAAGGGUAGCACGAGUGAUCAAGACGCUGAAAGAAAUUAAUGUGGCUUUCUUGCCCUAUGAAUCACAGGUGUUUUCUUUGGAUGAUAGCAGCUCUCUGCAUUCCUUCUACAACCCUACAGCUAAUCAGGACAAGACUAAAAUGAUGGAGGCUUUAGCCGAGCAGAUCGCCACCCUCUGUGACACCCUGAAGGAGUACCCUGCCAUCCGCUACCGCAAGGGCCCAGAUGAGAAUAUGGCCCUGGCUGAAAUGGUGCUGGACCGCCUAAAUGCUCACAAAGCAGACAACCCCAGCAUGGGAGAGGGCACAGACAAAGCUCGCUCUCAACUCAUCAUUGUGGACCGCGGCUGUGACCCUAUCUCGCCCAUCCUGCAUGAGCUCACCUUCCAGGCCAUGGUGUACGACCUGCUCGAGGUCCACCAGGAUAUCUACAGGUACACCACCUCUGGCAUUGGCGACUCGAAGGAGAAGGAGGUGCUGCUGGAUGAGGAUGACGAUCUGUGGGUGCAGCUCAGGCACAUGCAUAUCGCUGACGUCACCAAGAAGGUGACAGAGCUGCUACGCACCUUUUGUGAAAGCAAGAGGAUGAACACAGACAAGGCCAACAUCAAAGAUCUCUCUCAGAUGCUGAAGAAGAUGCCCCAAUACCAGAAGGAGCUUAGUAUGUACUCCACUCACCUGAACCUGGCUGAUGCCUGCAUGAAGGUGUUCAAGACCAAAGUGGACAAACUGUGUGAGGUGGAACAGGAUCUGGCCAUGGGGAGCGAUAGUCAAGGAGAGCCUCUGAAGGACGCCAUGAAGAGCAUUGUGCCACUGCUGCUGGACACGGACAUCAAACCCUACGACAAGAUCAGGAUCAUUCUCCUCUACAUCUUUCACAAGAAGAAAGGCAUUGCUGAGGAGAGCCUGACUAAGCUCAUUCAGCAUGCCAACGUCCAGCAGGACAGCAGCAUCAUCUCCAACCUGGAGCUUCUGGGCUGUCCGAUCAUCAGUGGGGGGAAAAACGCUGGAAAGACCUUCCCUGAUCAGAAGGAGCGCACCGAGAGCACCUACGAGCUCUCCAGGUGGAUACCCAUUCUGAAGGACGUGAUGGAGAACGCCAUAGAAGACAAGCUGGACCGGAAGCUGUGGCCGUUCCUGUCGGACCCUGCCCCUAUCUCCACCCAGCAGACGGCAGUGAGCAGUGCACGGUUUGGACAUUGGCACAAGAACAAGUCACCCACAGAGUACCGCAGUGGGCCCAGGCUCAUUGUCUUUGUCAUCGGCGGAGUGUCCCACUCAGAAAUGCGGUCUGCCUACGAGGUUACCCGGGCCACGGACGGCAAAUGGGAGGUUCUGAUUGGUUCAUCUCAUAUCCUCACCCCCACCAGCUUUCUGGAUGAUCUGAAGGAUCUGGACAAACCAUCUGCUUAGAGGAAUCUCUCUAGAGGGUUUGGGUCAAAACACUGGGAAGAAUAACUCGCAUAGAGUACGAAGGCCACUCUUGCUCAGAGGAAAAUCUGUGAAGCAGUUAACCUUUUUAGAUGUAAUCAUGGAAAGCAAACUUACUAAUGAUUUGUGUUUCACCAUCUUUUAGAAUAUAUAUAUAUUUUUAAUACCUAAAGUAAAUGACUGAUGUAUAUAUUUUGUGAUCGGUAAUUAUAUUUAAUUUAAAUUUACGUUCUGAAGUUUUGGAGAUUGUUCUCUUUUUCUGAUCUGUCUUUUAAUUUUGUGUUUGUCUGUCCUGCCAUCAUUGCCUUUGAAGGAUUACUCCUCUUACAUCAGUGAUUCACACAUUAAAAAAAGCUUUUGUUCUGGCAAAACAUUUUCAUGCAUCUGCUAUGAAGGCUUUUUCUAAAGUCUUUCCUACAUGCUGAGCACCGGAGAGCCUAGCCGUACUCAUAAUACAUGUGCCUUCAGUCUGUCAGAGUGGAUCUGCUGGUUUUGAUGUGAGAAAAUGUAAAGAGGCUUUUCUUUUCCAGUCAGUCAGAAGUCUUAUUUGGGAGCACCUGUGUGAUUGUCUUCAUCUCCAUUUGUAAAAUCCUCUACUGUACAUUCCCUUCUGAAAAAGUGCACUUUUUAUUGUUACGUUUCACUACUGGUAGGGUGAAGUAUUCCCACUUUGGGACUUGGUUUCCUUUUUGCCUUUGUAUUGAAAAGAAAUAAACUUAAUGCAAAUCCUUA